AUUUCCACAAAAACUAUCAGUAGACGGAGGCACUAGUUUGUAUGUUUCACUUUAAUUAUUGUCAGCCUCCGAAAGAGAGAAAGAAAGAAAGAAUAAUUGAUGACCAAAGACCGUUCGAAGGAGACUUUGAGAAACAUUGUAAGUGUUAAUUAGACACUCAAAUCUCUCUAUGUCACCAUAUCUGGGCUGUUUGUUGUUUGAUAUAUUACUUGGAAACAUGUGGGUGCUGGUACCAGGAAGUGUGUCUAGAUACUGAAUACUUUCUCCAGUGUACUUUUGUCUGCAGAAUUCUGGUUUAAGCACCCCGUAUAACCCCUCAUAACUUAUCCAUUUCUUGGAAUUUUCAGAAAUAUUUUUUAUGAAUUUGUGUUCUAUGUAUGGGAAUUCAUAUGAUUAUGAAAAAACAAAUUUUUUUUUGUGUGUGUGUGAGCUAAGAGAGAUUUAGCUGAUGUUUUUAGCACAUCCCACGACCACCUGCUACCUUUCUUGUUGUUUUUUUUUUGUCAUUCUGACAUGUAUUGAUGUUCUUCAAUAUUUUUCACCACACAAAUACAUUUAUUGGAAUGAUGAUUCACGCAAUGGUGAAUCCAUUGCUUGGAUUUCAGCAAAAAUUUCAGACUGUCCAUAUUAUAUUUUAAAUUCUGAUUUAAAAGAAAACUUGAAAAAGAGCAGAAAUUUUAGGAUUUACAGAGGUGGAUGGAGAUGGGGUUAAAAAUGAAAAAAAGAAUUUUUUUUUUUCAUAAAUUCCCAAGUGUAGAACACAAGCUCACAAACAUUCUUUGCAAAUUCCUAAAAAUAAAAAAAUGUAUUGAAGGGUUAUAUGGGAUGCUUAAACCAAAAUUCCACCCAUGCAGAUAUGGAAAAGUACUUGUUAAAGCAAUGAUGAUACACAGGCACUAACACUUAUUGCUGCUAUAAACAGGGACCUCAAAUACAUGCUUCAGUAGCGAUAUCAAAGCAUGAGUGACCUCAUCAACUACAAUGAUUACACAAACAUCCCUUCACCUGAGAAGAAACCACUGUUUUGUAAGAAGAAACCAUUUUCCUGUCGAUUCUGCCACAAGAAUUUUCAAACUGAAUCCAUUUUGGCCGUCCAUGCUGAGAAAGCUCACCACAGCAUUAUGAGGAAGGAGCGAAAAGACCGAGAACGACUGGGAAUGGCCACAGCUUUUGGCUAUCCUUGCAAAGUGUGUCAACGACUUUUUGCUUCAGCUGCUGACCGGGGUGCACAUGAGAGAACAGCUCACACUGCCAGAGGCUUUUCUGGUGGUGGCCACCACACCGACAGCAAUGACGAAGAUGAUAUUAUGUCCACAAUCACUUCUGCUGCUUCUACCACUGCUACUAAUAAUACAGCUGCUUCUUCUAGUUCUACCACUAGGACUCCAUCAUCAGCAGCUCUUCCCCAGCUGUCUAACCGCAACAAUACAAAUGCCAACAGGCCAUUUACAUGCGAUGUGUGUGCACGCACCUUUGUCCGACUGUCACACCUGACUUCACAUGCUCAGAUUCACUCAGCUGAGAAGCUAUUCAAGUGCUCUGAGUGUGGCAAAUCGUUCCUACGAGCAGCCAGCCUUACUGAACACAUCCAAUCGCAUACAAAGUCUCCAGCACAGAAUGAGGUGGAAAAGUACUAUACUUGUGAUGUAUGCAACAAAACUUUCCUCAAACAGUCAGUGCUAUUGAUGCACAAGAAAAUACAUGAGACUACUCCAAUGCCACUUGUUGAUAAACCACGCUCGUAUGAGUGUGAGGUAUGCCAUAGAAAGUUUGCAUAUCUCUACUCACUCACUGCUCACCAAGUCAUACAUAACCCCCUCAAAAAGGCCUACACUUGUACCACUUGUAAAAGAUCUUUUCAGAACAUGGUGGCACUAUCCAGCCAUGUCAAAGGUCAACACAUGAAAAUGACUUGACCUGAUCCAAACUGACCAUAUCAAAUGUCGACAUGCCAUAUUCUAAAUGUGCCGAAGCUGAUGUAUUUUAAAAAGUCAGCAUAUAAAAUUUGUCAUGGUGUAGUAUGACCUGACCUUAAUGUGUCAAGAGUGAACAUGCGAAAGUACAAUCUGAACUAAACUUUUCACAGGUCAUUUUAUGGAAAUUGACCUGACCCAAGCUAACCUGAAUGGGACAAAGGGCAAGGGGUCAACAUGAAAUCACAACACCUUGCCCAAACAUGUUACAAGUCCAUCACACAUAAAACAAAAGGAAAAGAAAACAAAGAAACUCUGGUCUGAUGUGUUAUAGCUAACCUUAAAAUUGAACAUGUCAAAGGUCAUCGUGUCCAUGACCUGAACUACAAAUGGAAACUUUUCUAUAUUUUGUUUAGUAUUGCUUCUUACAACAGUUAUAUUUCUAUAUCCAUGUUACUCCACCCAACUUUUUACACAUGCAUACAAACACACUCACAUUCUUAUGUAUAAGUAAUACCUACAUACAUGCACACAUGUCCUCACACAAAUAUACACAUACAAUCCCAUUUCCCUAUAUAUGUUAGUAAAAUAAAACUAGACACUAA